ACUUAACCACUUUUUCCUCCUAGACGGCUUGCACUCGUAAAGCUACAAGAAAACUUUUUUGGCAAUGUAACUUCCCAUCCUUCAUCCAUUUAGAGGAGAAAUGCCUUUCAGUUCUUGAAAUGAGAUAUUCAAACUUGAUAGACCGUUCAUAUGAAGCAUGAGAUCCUUUCUAAUCUAUAUUCCAAGUAAACGUAAAUUAAUCUCGGUUUUACUCAUGUCAUAAGCAGAAAGAAAUCCCCAAUAGCUUCUAUCAAAAUAUCCUUGAGUAGAAUAAUGGAUCAAAAGCUUGAACGACCCCCUUAAUUUUCUCCUCAUACUUUAUCUCCACAUUUCAAGCCUUUAUUCAUGCGCGAGCUUCAUAUCUCUAUUUUAAUACUCCAAUCUCUUAUCUUAUCUUAUCUUAUCAAAUUAGUUUGUAUUUUAGCACUCGAGGAGCUUACAACAACACCCUCUUUCUGUCUCAAAAAACUGGAGACAGACAAUAACCAAAGCACAAUAAUCAUCCAUGUCUUGAUCGAAGACUAUUAUCCACCCCCCAAACUACAGAAUCCACAAGCGACCAAGGUAUCAUCCGUCUCUUUCUUCCACAUGGUACGGUGGUGCCUUGAUAAGGGGUCUCCUUGGUUUGUGAUCCAGGUACAAAACUCGACAAGUGAGUGCCGUUGCACUCCAAGCCAAAUGUGUUUGUGCUUGAGGCUUGAAUGAGUGAGUGACUGACUGUGUGUGUGUAAGGAGAGCACAUCUGACAAAGCCAAAGUGCAAGACGGGCCAGUAGAGGACCCCGAUGCCCGUUGAGACAGGCCAGGCACAGGAACCACUCUACGCCCAAACCUGUUGUUUUGAUUCUUUCAUUCUGCCAAGAUUGGGUUCUCACGAUUUAGUUUGAGAAAUCAAGUGUCAUCCGGGGUCAGGACCAGCCAAAUUUGGCUGGAAUUUCAGUGUGCUGGAUGGCAUUGUCCAAGUGUUCGUGAUAUUCUGUGCCACAAUGAAGCCGGGCUUCAAGCCACGGGUCUUUUGUUUGCACAAUGUGUGUCUUAUUAUUGGUGUGGUGAUAUCGUGGACAUGGGCUCAAACUAUAGAGAGACCGGAUCGGGUUGCCUCUGAUGAUGAAAAUAGCUAUGAAGCUCCUGUUUUAAGAGGUGGUCUUGGGGUGGUUAGUGACAAUGAGCCUCCGGCACAGAGACGAUAUCCGGAUCGGGCAUAUUCAAAUCCCAAUCGGAAUAGCGAUACUUCUCCAAAGAGAAACUACAAUGAUCCAGGAUCAGCAUUCCGUGAGACUUUCACUUAUGAGCCAUUUCCGCCCAAAGAUCAAAAAGGUUAUCCAAUAAAUAACCAGAGUAGCGGUUACCACUACGACAAGCGCAUUACACAAUCACCCAUCCGCAAUCCAACUUUGAGGCCUACUCAAAAAUUGGUAGCCCAAACCACCGCGAGGGACCCAUUUGACGAUCCCAAUCGAUAUCGCAUUCCCCAACAACAGGAAACCCGAGAAGGAGUCAGAUUUGUUAAUGGACAACCUUACAGGGAGCCAGCCAAUAUCCAAGAUCGAUAUGGGAAUCGCUAUGAUCCACGUUUCCACAGCAUCCCCGGGACCUACGAUCCUGAAAAUGAUCCUCGUUUCUCAGACCCUCGUUAUCAAGACCCUCGGAAUGUUCCCAAGUACAACAACAACAGACAGAGCAUCCCCAAAGAUCGAUAUGACUCUAAGUAUCGAUAUUACGAGCGUUUCCCUGAUCGGCAAACGGAUCGAUUGCGUGAUCCCAACUAUGAUCCUCGUUAUGAUCCCGAUGACUUACCCGUGCCCGGUGUGCUGGGAGGGUGGCUCCCGGAACUUCAGGGCGAGUGUCGACCAGGGUGUGAGAAUCUCCCUCGAGAUGUGACCAUCAGCACGAACUACGGCAGAGUGAAUGGGUUCUACGUUUACCUGUACGACGGACCCAGGGUGCCUGAAUUUGAACGACCCGGAGUGGCCAAUGUGGAUAAAGUCAAAUCCACAGUCACUGUCUUUUUGGGGAUUCCUUACGCCCAGCCGCCAACUGGGGAAGCACGGCUUAUGCCUCCCCGAGCUCAUCGAGGUUGGCAGAGUUACGACGCCGUGGAUUGGGCCCCGGUUUGCCCACAACCAAUUCGCUUUGUCGGAGCAACCAAAAAUGCCCCCUUAAUGGACGAAGAUUGUUUGUAUCUCAAUAUCUUCUCUCCGACAGUUAAAUCUGGGCAAUCGCAAUUGUUCCCCGUUAUGUUCUACAUUCAUGGAGGCGAGUUUUCGCAUGGAUCAGGGAACGAAUUUCCUGGCCAACAAUUGGCGGCUUGGGGAAGAGUGGUUGUGGUCACAAUCAAUUAUCGUUUAGGGGCCUUGGGAUUUCUUUCCACCGGAGAUCAGCAUGCCCCUGGCAAUUAUGGUCUUUUGGACCAAGCCAUGGCUUUGAAAUGGGUGUCUGACAAUAUCAACAGUUUCCAAGGAGACAGAGAAAGAAUCACAGUAUUUGGCCCGGGUGCUGGUGCUGCGAGUGCCGGUCUCCUGGCAGUGAUGCCAAGAACACGAGAUAUGGUCAGACGUGUCAUAGCGAUAAGUGGAAGUCCAGUUGCCGAAUGGGCGGCAAUCAACGACAAGUUUCGAGCCAUGAACACGAGUUUAGUGUUUGGGGAACGAGUUGGAUGUACCAUUGACAAUUCGUGGAAAUUGGUAGAUUGUGUUCGAAGAGGUCGCUCCGCCGCAGAAUUGACAAAUAUCGAGUUCAAACCUGAAAUUGGUACAUGGCCUUGGGCGCCAGUCGUGCAGGUGAACAUUUCAAUGCCUGAAGACGAAUGGAACGAGGAAUGGGUGUCUGACGACUUCAUGGCCUUGCCGGAUCUGGUUACAGAGCUCUAUCAACAGGAAAAAUAUAAUCCAAGACUCCAAUAUCUCACUGGGGUCUCGAGGGAUGACGCAUCGUACCUACUCUAUAACAACAAGUCCUUAGCUCCCAACUAUGAUGUGGGUUGGGAUUUCUUUGACGUGAUGGUCCGAGAUCACAUCAACCAAUAUAAUUACACCUUGAACCCAGAGGGAAUCUUUAAUGCCAUCAAAUACAUGUACACCUAUUAUCCUGAUCCAAACAACCGCAGUCACAUUCGUGAAGAAUUCAUCAACUUUUGGUCAGAUUAUUACUUCCGAGCCCCUCAAGACGCAAUUGUCAAGACUUUGGUCGAUAAUCGAGUGGAUACUUUUAUGUAUGUACAAAAUACCACGGUGGAAGCCCUUCGAUUACCUUGGUGGAGACAAAUAACGCAUAAUUUGGAGCAUUUCUUUUUGACCGGAGCGCCUUUCAUGGAUCCAGUUUUCUUCCCCGAAGGCCAGCAGGUGAGCCGCAAUCUGUGGACUGAAGGUGAUCGCAACAUGAGUGAAUUUUUCAUCUAUGCCUUUUCCAACUUUUCUUGGUAUGGAAAACCUACACCUACUCACAUUUUGGGCGUGCACUGGGACAACACGAAGAAAGGUGAAAUUCUGCACUUUCUGGCCGUCAACACGACAGAAAAUUCCACCAUGCUAUGGAACUAUCGACAACGGGAAUGUGCUUUUUGGACAGAAUAUCUGCCAAGUGUCAUUGGUUACAUCACUCCAACAUAUCCUCCAACCACGGAGUUUUGGUGGGAGCCAGACUCACCACUCCAGAAGGCUUUUUGGUCCAUAUCUUCGCUUUGCUUGUUCCUAAUCGUCUUGGUCGUUGUUUGCUUCCUUUUGUGGCGGAAUGCUACCAGGAAGCUGAAAGACCGAUAUUACGACGAUGGAACAGCUUCGUUGAGGGGCUAUCCACCAGAUUUCAAAGGCAGUGGAAUUGGUUUGGAUACCGUGGGUAAGGGAUCCCAAAUUCCCCAUUCCGAGACUAUUCACACAGACGUUGGGUCCCUACAUCAUUACCCAGCCUCGAAUGGGAGUGUAUUGAAUUCUCUUCCACCGCAAACACCCAUCAUUCCCAUUCAACCGAGCUUCAGUAACGCCAAUAUGGCGGGGUCCAACGCAACGACAAUGCGCAUGAACUCCACAACGGUUCUUCAAUCAGGCUACCCUCAAAAUCAACCACUGCCACCCACACCAAAGAUGUACCAUCAUCAGAGCUAUCAGAACAUGCCAUCCAAUAAUGGCAUGAUGCUCAAUACAAGCGAUGACUCCCUGCCCUCGGCCAUGAGCCUGCAGGUCCCAAUGAGCAACCCGAAUGGUCAAAUGGGAGCAGGGAUGCCACGGCAUCAUUCCCAACAACAGAUGCCCUACAUGGGACAAGCCUCGCCUGGUGUAACGAGGAAGUACCCCAUAGAGGAUCAACCCAUGGGUAUGCCUAGAGGGGGGGCCCAUCUGGUGCCCGGACGCAUGAACCAAAGUCAAUCUCGGCCUUUGAGCCAGUCUAGUUUAAGAAAAGACAUGUCGUCCACUGCCGUCUGACCUAUUUGAUGUUGACAGGAGAUGCCAGUUGUGGGAACCUGCUUUUGAUCUCAGGGUUGUUGCAGUAAAAAAAAUACUCAGGGUUCCUGCACGGCGGGUACCACUCCUCCUAAUUCUUUGGGCAUGUUUCGCAUCGAAUACAAUUGUUGGUGACAAUACAAAGAGACUGUAACAUUUUUCCACUAUUUUCCAAUUGCAACGAAAUAAAGAGAAUUGAACAUUCA